AUGGCGACACCAACAGCUGUGAAGCACGCUUCACAACAAGGCCGCACUCCCUCACAACUCGCCGCCGCGACUCCUCCUGUAUCGACUCCCUUCUCGAACCCUGCUCACGUCGCCUUCUCUCCUCGAGGACCGAGAUCUUCGCCUCAGCAGUUCAAGAAGUCGCCUGCCACAUCAUCACUUAUGGCACACAUGUCCAAUGUCCCCCUGAACUUCGAUAGCCCUUCCACGGCUGCGGCUAUGGGCGCUCUUGGAAUCACAGGCGGUCUUGACGUGAAUCUGAACAACGUCGAUGUUGGCAAUCUGAGCGGGUUGCCAUCUCUCGUGAACGAAGACGACAAGCUCAAGCGGUUAGAGACGAUCAUCGCAACCUUGGAUAAAAAGAAGGGACUCGUAAGUGAGGCUGGUCUGGAACGUCUGGCCCAGCGCAUAGGACUCGACUGUCUCUCAGAAGACACUACAGCGCCUCAUGGCCGAAAACAAAGAACUCUCGUCAUAGCAGGUUCAGCUAUUCAGCUAGACAUUAUUUUGGACAACAAUGUUGUCCAAAACAUUUCGCUUGCGUUUCCAGAGUCGGCUGCGUCGGUCACGAAGCACGUUAGCCGAGCAAGCGAAAUUCUCCUAAAGGACCUGCAACUUCUUCCGAAUCAGAGUCCAUUGACAAAAACCCUCGACGAAUUCGCGGUUAACCUCGAGCGCUUAGCUGUUCUGGAUAAGCUCAGUAUCAUCCCCGGACUCGAUUGUCAUGAGGCAAUAACAGGUAUAUAUGCGAGCCUGGAAAGGCUUCAUCAGUGGGAUGUGGCUAAGCUCCGCGAAGAGCCGGGAAUGGGCAGCAAGUCGAACGGUGCUUUAUCCACAGCAGCAAUGUGCACACGACACGGCUAUCCCGUCAUGCAUUCAAAAGACCGAGUUGGACUAGCACUGCAGUACUGGAAGGUUCUCCGCCACAUCGAGCCAACAAGUGAGCAAAUGGCUUCGUUCACUGCAUCUCAAGAGCAAGUUUGGUCGCUCCUUAUCGGAUGUGCUCCGAUAGUGGACGAAGUGAUGCCUGUGCGAGUCUCCGAGGACUGGAUUUCCAAGGACAUUGUAAAAGCAGAACCCUCGAUGGAUCCCAAGCGGCCCAAUUUGGAUUGGCAACAACCCAACAACGUCGUGCUCCCAUCCACAGAAGAGAACAAGAAUGCAGGAAUGGAAGUUCUUCAGCCGGAUCUCUCAACAGCAAGGGUACCACAAGUUAUGUUCACUGCUACGUUUGACCCGCCAAUCAUCAUGUCUCACAACGACUGGUCGCAUUUAUACAACAUUGUCAACAUCAAGGCACCGCAACUUUACGGAUACUUGCCAACCUUUGACAGUCUGCUGUUUCCCAUCCCUCCAGGCAGCAACCAGGAUCCGAGCGAGCUUCGUGCAAUCUCUCGUAAACGCGACGUCCGUAUCUACGAUAAAGAUCAGAAGCCAGCUGUCAAACCUCACCGCAACACGCUGUACAUCUAUAAACAAGUGUACUCGCACAGGGUAACUGAGAUUCCCUUUUCUCAUCCUCAACAGCUUAUCUAUAUGCUUCCACUUCUUCGACAGUAUGCUUUCCUUGCAACUUUGCUUGAGAACAGCUUUGGGUCGGAGACAAAGGAGGCCGAGCCACUACCUAAGCCAGGAGAUGCCUCAGUACAUCCACCCAAGUCUAAUGUCACUACUCGGGAUGAGCUGGCAGAUUUUAUGAAAUCGGCUUCUGUUUCUGAUGACACUGCCUCGUCUGAGUUGAAAUUCGACGUCACAUUAUGGGUUCAUCCUAUGCCUCAUUUACAGGUUGUCUUUCCCUUCAAGAACUCAAUUGCCAAUAUCAUUCUGAAGAUCCUCGAGGAUGGAGUUGUUGAGGUUGCUGAAGAAAACGUUCUUCCUCGUGUCGAGGAGGACAAGAGACAGGGUAAAGAACUUACACGAGCGGACCUGGGCAAGGUGCUGGAACACAUGGAGGAUCUGUGCAAAUGGGCAGAAUGGAUUCGUACAAGACUCGCAUAA